AUGUCGUUCUCAAGGUCAUCGACGGUGACUCUGGGUCGAGAAAAUGCACCCAAUCACCAACAUCAACUUGAAGAGGACCAUGUAAGACCUGAACCAAUCAACCUUGAACUAUUAGAUGAGGACCGUGGAGAUCCCUUUCCAAAGCGACUCAUCAUUGCGGUAGACUUUGGUACCACUUACUCAGCAGUUUCAUAUGUCGACGUGCCCCAAGGAUGUCCCUCCGAUUCUGUCGACUCGAGGUCUAUUCGUUCGAUCGGAAACUACCCCGAGAACUAUAACUACCACUACAAUGAUCCAAUGGGUAUGGAAGUUCCCACUGAGGUGAUAUAUCCCUUGGAUCGCCACUUUCGCGACCACUUCAAUCUCGAUAAUCCCGAUGAACAUUUGGAAAACGGCGAUAGCAUUGAUUUGACUGUUCCCGACGAAGACGGCGACAUCUCCAUGCUGUCGGACCCUUUGUCUCGAUUCAAACUCCUCCUUGACAACAGUGAGAUGACUGAAACAGUAAGGCGAGAUGUCAGUAAGACUAUCAACACACUCAAGAAAAAGAAUAUAAUCCAAGGUCCCCUUCAAGUCAUCGCUGAUUUCCUUACCUACCUUUUGGAGCACACUCGCUCCCAGUUGCGUCGUCAAGGCUUUGACGACAAAAGCAUGUCGGGACAUGCAGGCCUGCCUGGCAGUAGCGAUGAAAAGAGCCAACUUCACAAGGGCCGAUUACAGAACAAGAGCAUUGAUAACCUCUUCAUCGUGUCGGAGCCAGAAGCAGCAGCUGUACAUAUGCUUUCCACUUCGGCUGAAAUAAAGUCUGGGGAUUGUUUUGUUCUGCUAGAUGCAGGUGGCGGGACCGUCGAUGCGAACACAUACCGAGUCAGCAGGGAAGAGCCAUUGAGACUAGAGACCGAGAUAGUGGCUCCUGGAGGUGGUCUGCAUGGAUCGAGUUAUCUCAAUGAGGGCUUCCGGGAGUAUCUCAACGAUCUCCUUGCUGGGGAAACGUACCUCAAUGAUGGCAUCGAGACCAUUCAUGGAAUCGUUGAGAGGAUAACAUUCGAAGAAUUUGAAAAGAGGAUCAAGCGGGGCUAUGACUAUAACCAGCAAACAGCAAGGAAGGAGAUAUACAUUAAAGGGCUUCGUGACAAUCCUGCCAAGGGAUUCCGAAAUGAAUGCAUCUACGUUCCAAGACUCAAGAUUCGAGAGAUUUUCUUUAGACAUCUAGAUGCUAUAGCUGAAAUCGUGAAGAGCCAACUCGAUGAAGCAAGGGGGAAGGGAUACACUGUGGGGAAAGUUGUUCUCAUUGGAGGAUUUGGAACGUCAAUCUCACUUAGCCAAAGGCUCCAGGAAUUCUUGCUGGAAUACGGUCGGGAAUAUAAUUGUCGCGUCACGUUGAUGGAGCCCCAGCAAGGAACUUCUAUCAUCAAUGCGGUAGCAUCAGGAGCUGUCCUGAGAGCUCUCAACAAGGCGAAUGGGCCGGAGAGGGUAGCUCGUUCAAGUUAUGGCAUAUUGCGAACUGAGCCUUUUGGACAGUACCCUGAGCACGCAGGUCUAAAGCCGUCUUAUGACCGUCAUGAUGGGAUGCCGUAUAUCAAACAAACGAUCGACUGGGUUUUGAAGCUCGGAGAAAGCGUUCCAUCUGUAUGGCAGUGUGAGCCGUUCGCUUGCAGUCAUACAUUCGAUGUCUGGCCUGUCCGUCCCUUUAUCUGCCGAGAGAUGCUCUACGUGUCAGACCAUGUCACAAAAUCGCACUAUAGGAAAACCCAUCCCAAUAACGAAGGUGCCGAGUAUGUUGGUGAAAUCGAGGUCGACUUCUCUUCUCUUCGAGAUCGGUUAGUCCCAAUCGAGCCUAUUGUCAAUAAGAAUCAACAAAAGGUUGGGAAAAGACAUUAUAGAAUCGACUUUACGAUGGCCAUCAAGGUUGUGGAUCGUGACUUGGAAUCUCUGAUCCGCGAGGAGAAGUAUGCUAAAGAACUCCAAUCGGUCUAUCCAAAUCUCACCCCCAUCAUCGGCGACCUUUCCUCGCUUUCUCUCCUCACGUCCACGGCAGCGGAAGCCGACUUCGUCAUCCAUGCUGGAGGUGACGAUGUCCCUGCUGUUUGUGCGAUGAUAGAUGGAUUAUCAUCCCGUGUCACCAAUGGAUCGCCCAUGCCACGGCUCAUCAGCCUAACCGGCCCGCGAAGUCUUAUUGACUUCUCAAGUCCCAUCACUGGAAAUCUGAAUGAAAGCAGCUCUCCUUGGAGCGAUAUCUCAGACGGGCAUGCAAUACUGAACGUGCCGAAGGAUCGCAUUCACGCUGGUGCUGACCAAGCCAUCAUCGCUCAUAGUGCUGAUAAAGGAGUGGGCACAAUGCUCAUCUCGCCUGGCCAGUUGUGGGGACGGGGCAAGGGCCAUCUGAAGAAGGAGAGCAAUUCAGCGUUCUAUUAUGCCGCUGUUAAGAGCCGUGGACGGGCUUUCGUAAUCGGUGAGGGUACCGCAACAUGGUCGUGGGUCUCCAUUAGUGAUUUAGGAGAUGCAGUCGUGUUCCUUAUGGAUCAGGCACUGAGCAAGAGACAAGGACAAGUAGGAAUAAAUCAAGACGGCUACUACUUUGUUAGUACCGGAGACCUAAGUAUGGUGGAAAGGGCCAAAGCUGUCAGUGAGCGCUUGGGUCUUGGAGAAGUAGAAAGCGUGUCAGUUGAUACCGCAAGAGAGAUCCAUCCAUUCGGUCCCAUCAUGUGGGGUUGUGGUGAAAGAAUAAGAUCUGACAAGCUGGUCGAGCUUGGUUGGAGGCCGAAACAGACCGAAUGGAAGGCUUUGAUGGAAGAGGAAGGCGGAGGGAGGGCAUAA